CAUCAACAUGUCGCGAAAACCUGCCGAUGUGGCGUCCAAGGAGCGCAACGAAUAUAUUCCGUCUUUCAUCUCCAAGAAACCGUUUUAUAUCGACGACGAUGAUUCUGCCAAUGACUAUCUCGAGCAUCAACGUCUUCAGAAGUCCGCAUCUGCUGAUCAGUCAAAAUGGUACGAGCGAGGAAAGCGCGCUGGCCCAGCCGCCACCAAGUAUCGGAAAGGCGCCUGUGAGAAUUGCGGCGCUAUGACCCACAAAACGAAGGAAUGUCUAAGUCGGCCUCGGAAGCAGGGAGCUAAAUGGACCGGAAAAGACAUUCAGGCAGAUGAAGUGUUACAGAAAGUGGACCUAGGAUGGGAUGCCAAAAGAGAUCGCUGGAACGGUUACGAUCCCACCGAAUACCGACAGGUAGUGGAGGAGUAUGAGGAACUGGAAACUUUGAAGCGGAGUGCUAAAGGGGAAAACGGUGAUGGGGCUAUCACCCAAGGUGGCGAGGUUGAUGAAGAGAAGGCCCGGGAUGAUGAAGUCCGAUAUGCAGAGGAAUCCGACAUGGGAAGACAACAAAGCACGGCCACCCGUAACCUACGUAUUCGAGAAGAUACAGCGAAAUACCUUCUGAAUCUCGACCUUGAUUCAGCGAAGUAUGAUCCGAAAACACGACGAAUGGUGGAUAUGGGUGCUCAGGAGGAUCAGGCUGCGGCGCUCGUCGCUGAGGAAAACUUCGUUCGCUCUUCGGGUGAUGCUGCAGAAUUUGAGAGAGCACAGCGCUAUGCUUGGGAGUCUCAGGAGAGUGGAACUCAACAAGUGCACCUCCAGGCAAACCCGACAUCCGGAGAAGUUAUGCGGAAGAAGCAGAAAUCAGAAAGCGAAGCUAAGCGGCAAUCACAGCGCAAAGCCUUGCUGGAUAAGUAUGGUGGCGAGGAACAUCUUGCACCAACACCGCUGCGCGAUACAAUAGUUGUUGAAAACGAGAGGUUCGUUGAAUACGACGAAACGGGUGCUAUCAAAGGUGCACCUAAGAAGGCUGCAAAAUCGAAAUACCCAGAAGACAUUCAUCCAAACAACCAUACAUCCGCUUGGGGAAGUUGGUGGCACAAUUUCGAGUGGGGAUACUCUUGCUGUUACUCGACUGUGAAAAACAGUUACUGCACAGGGGAAGAUGGGAUACGGGCUUUCGAAGAGGCAGAUAACUUGAUGAUGCUACCAGAGCUUGAUCCCGAAGAAAUGCCGCCCUCAAAUGAUGGCGAGCCAAACGAUACGCCUGAGUCCCGGGAGCAACCGAAGGAGUCUGAAUCUAACUCAAAGAAGAGGACACGAAUGGAGUUACAAUCCGGGAUCACAGAAGAGGAAUUAGAGUCAUUCAAGCGGAGCCGUCUUGACGCCGAGGACCCGAUGGCUGCAUUUGCGGGGAAAGACGACCUCGCACCGUACUAGAUAUUCCAUCUUAUUGUCGCUUAUCGAUACGCAUUGCAGCAACAUGAGGCGUUUGGUGCAAUUGAUGAAUACCCUAUUUAACAUGUAUAUAUGGAGUUUUGACAGUCAACUUUACUGGUGUACUUAAAAGUUGCUGCUUGAUCAUGAGUAGUCUGUACAAAAGUGUUACCAAUGACAGGUAUUAUAUUCUCUUACAAUGUUUUAUAUUCAUCUUGACAAG